GUCAGGUCUCAGGAGAAGGAUGUCAUACGGGUGUCAUACGAUUGUUAAAUCAAGGUCUCUUUGCAUGCUCUGCUGAAGUUAUGGUUGUAUGUACCUUGAUGCAAAAUACGGCUGCUGCACAGCACCAGCCACUAGACGUACUUAAACUUUUAUAUAAUUACUAACACUCUGUAUUUAGUUAGCUUGUUUUGUUGGUGCCGGAACUUCACUUUCGUGAUCUCUUUGCGUGGAGAUCUCCCGGACGCCGCCGGGGUGGUACAGCUUGCAGUUGCCAUGAUGAAGUUAAAGACUAAAAAACGACUGACGAAUGUGGCUCAAGCAAUCUUCUUUUUACUCGGUGGAAUAGAAUAUGCUGUUGUUUUGCCGACACUCAACGAGUACUUGGGUUCUCUCGAUGGGGACGCUACCUUUUUCGGUAUCGUCAUGGCUGCAUUCAGCUUCAGCGGUGUCUUAACAUCCCCGCUCUACGGCCUCUUUCAAGAUCGCUUCCAUCGGACAAAAAUUCUCAUUUUAUUUGCCAACUUGUUUGAAAUUGCAGGCAACUUUCUGUAUUUUGUUGGAGGCACCAAAUAUAUGCUGCUUGGAAGUAGACUAGUUUCAGGAGUGGGUGCUGGUGUCGGCUCCUCAAUUUUUGCACAAAUUUCGAGAACAUCGACUGAAAAAGGGCGGGCAUCAGCCCUUUCUACAGCCUCGGGGGCGAGGCAGAUUGGUCUCCUCCUUGGCCCCGCCCUUAAUUUUCCCCUCAACAGCUUGGACUUCUACAUCGGGCCAUUUCAUGUCAACAAAUUCUCCGGACCAGGGAUUCUUAUGUGUAUCUUGUAUGUAGUUCUCGAGUUUGUGGUGUUAUUCCUAUUCUAUGACAUACCACCUCUCGACAAGCAAGAUAUCAUUCUUGCCGCAGAGGAGAAUUCCGCACUUUCUCCCCCGAGCGGAAACGUCGCAAUCGUUGACGGUAAGGAUGGCCUUGAAAAAAGUCUGUAUUCAAUCAAUGCGGAUGGCAUGAGUGACCUGCUAGAUAAUGCUAACAGCUCGGCUACUAACGGCUUGCGGCACUUGAAUAGCGGACGUGUGGAAGACUACCAGCGGGACAUGUGCAACAAUGACAGCAGCGAGGACAGCUACGAGGAAAGAAACGACGACAAGAUUCACAAGAUUUCACUGCUUGAUGUUUUUCUUAAAGAGGAGGUGCUAGUUUUGUUGACGGCGCAGUUUGUCUUCAUGUUCAAUCAGACAUGUUUAGAGACUGCAGUCACAGUUAUGACAAAAAACCUUCUGGAUUUCGGAGGAAUUGAAAACAGCAUCUUGUUUGCUGUAGCUGGGUUUGAGCUUCUUGCUAGCUUCAUCAUCAUCAAAUGCAUCAGUAAAUUUAUCUCCGACCGGACGAUGUUAUUUGCUUCAGUGACACUUGAGUUAGUACCUUACAUUAUGCUGAUGAUUUUCUAUCCACAUGCAACACCAGGGAGGUCCCAGAAUCUGUGGUGGUUUUCAAUUCUUUUCAUCAUCCAGGUUUCUGGGCUCGGCUUCCUGCUAAUCUCCAUCGUAUCACUCUUCUCAAAGGUCACUCCUCCAGAAAUGCAAGGUUUUGCCCAAGGUGUUCGCCGAGCCGUUGGUGGAAUCGGGACCAUCAUGGGUCCUUUAUGGGCGGGCGGCAUGCAGAAUAUACCAUUUGAGACUUUAGCAAUCAUGAUGGCCCUUUUCCUCCUAGUUUGGAUGAUGUCGCUGAUGUCAUGGAAACUUCUUAGGCCACACUCAGAAGUCGCAGCCGAGACAAGUCAAGCAAGCUGCAAAGAAGAUUCGAAAGAAGAGACCAAACCAUUGCUCAAUGGUGAUGUCAAAGACUAUGGGGUCGCCUGAUGGAAGGUGGGGUGCAAGACUUGCUGUGCGGGUACGUUCUGCUGAAAAAAAGAUACGCCAGUUGUUUUGAGAAAUUUGUGAAAUGAAAAAUGAGGGGUAGUCAGUUUGUCCUAACCUCUGAGGAAUAACAUGGCUGGAAAACUUCCAUCAAUAACUGAUUUAAUUGACAUUAACCACGCUGUCACCAUCUUGGUCAUGUUCCAUGUGUCUAAUAACAAUAAGGAAUGCUAACAUUCAUUGUGCAAACA